GUCUUUAACCAUGUUAGCACGUUAGUUUAAGAGUCAGAUGAAAUCAAACGCUGAAGUCCAUUGAAAAGAUGCACAGACGGAACAUUUGUAUAUGUAUGACCUAGAUCGGCAGGAGUAUUCAAAGCACGAAAUGCUGACAAUUAUGGCCCACGGUUGAGAUGAAUUACUCCAGAUUUUUGACUGCCGUGAGUGCAGCAAGGAAGCCUUCUCCAAUCCGCAUAUUAACUGAACUUCAACAGCGGUCACCCCCCUCUUUGAUCUCACUGGCUGGGGGGGCUCCCAACCCCAACACCUUCCCCUUCCACUCUGCCACCAUAAACGUGAAAAAUGCAGGCAACAUCGUGUUUGAUGAGACGACAAUGAAGAGGGCCCUCCAGUACUCUGGCUCCUAUGGGAUCCCAGAGCUCAUCUCUUGGAUGAAGGACCUCCAGAGGAAUCUGCACAACCCCCCCACAGCGGGCUACACCGCUGAGAAAGGGCAGAUGGAGAUGUGUGUGACAACAGGCAGCCAAGAAGGCCUUUGCAAGGUGUUUGAGAUGCUCGUUAAUCCCGGAGACAAUGUCCUUCUUGAUGCACCUACAUAUUCCGGAACUCUGGCAGCGCUACAACCACUGGGGUGUAAUAUAAUUAAUGUCCCAAGUGAUCAGUAUGGAAUGAUCCCAAAAGACCUGAAGGAGAUCCUUUCCAGGUGGGACCCAGCAGAUGCCCACAGGCCAGGCAGUACAGUUCCCAGAAUCCUCUACACCAUCCCCAAUGGGGGCAACCCUACUGGGGCAUCAAUGACCACGGAGCGGAAGAGAGAGGUCUACCAGCUUGCCAGAGAAUACGACCUCCUUAUAAUUGAGGAUGAUCCCUACUAUUUUUUGCAGUUUCAAAAGCCCUGGGCACCCACAUUUCUCUCCAUGGAUAUAGAUGGGCGAAUUCUCCGGACGGACUCCUUCUCAAAGAUCCUGUCAUCAGGUCUGAGGAUUGGGUUUGUAACAGGACCAAAGCCUCUCGUGGACAGAGUGGUGCUCCACAUUCAGGCCUCCACCAUGCAUACCAGCACAUUCACACAGCUUAUGGUUUCUCAGCUGCUGCAUCAGUGGGGCCAAGAGGGGUUUCUCAACCACAUAGAUGGUGUGGUGGAGUUUUACAGAAAACAGCGUGAUGCCAUGCUGUCCUCAGCGGACAGAUGGCUUAAAGACGUGGCAGAGUGGUACGCCCCAGCGGCUGGCAUGUUCCUGUGGAUAAAGCUGAAGGGCGUUGCUGACACCCAGCAGCUCAUCAUGGAGAAGGCUCUGGAGAAGGAGGUGCUACUGGUCCCUGGAGGGGUGUUCAACAUCAAUAGCUCAGAUCCCUGUCCCUAUGUCAGAGCGGCCUUCUCACUGUCCACCCCACAACAGAUAGAUGAGGCUUUCAAGAGACUGUCUGCUCUAAUCAAGGAGGCCCUAUGAAGAAGACAUCACAAAGAGACAAAUAGCAGGGACAAAUCAACAGCAAUAUUUCCUUACAAAUGGGUAGUGUUUUAACCUCAGAUAUUUUACAGAGACAUGGUAGCAUGGGACCUGAGAGUCUUGAAUGCUGAAUUCUCUACUUUCAACUGCCUUCAGAAAUGGUUAUCACUUUAUUACAGCACACUACUGUCUUUGAUUCUCGGCUGACAUAAGUAUUUAUUAAG